CUCAGUCAAACUCGAGGAACUUGUCGGGCUGGUGGAGUCCACUCUCGAAAUAUAGAGAAGAGGAGAAUCAUUUAAAUCCGUUGUUUCUCCUGGUUUUUCCUCUUCUCCCCCUCUUUCUCCCUUACGUGCGUGUGUAUGUGAUUGUACGAGACUUGGGGGAGGUAGAGAUUGCGCAUGGGCCGGUGGAAGAGACCCAGUGUAGUGGGUGCAUCUUUGCGCUUGACCAGUUGCAUCAUGGAAGCGAGUCGAGGAAGAAACAAUCCCCGAGGAUCAGCUCCGGUGUAACAAUUGUCUCGUGUACGAGGGAAUUUCUGUCAGUGGAAAUUAUUUUGGAUUUUUUUUUUUUACUAAAGUGAUCGGUCACUGGGACCCAAGCUGAUGGUAUACCAUCGAUCAGUUCAGAUACCGAUCGAUCAAUCAAUCAUGCAAGCUUCUCCGAAGCUUGUCCUAGUCUACUUGGCGGUUUUAUCAGCCUACGCAAUGUCAUCCGACGCUGCUCGGCCACUCCGGGAGAUUCGAGGGCACCCAAAUGGCGCCCCAGUGAGACUCUCCACAAUCCUCACCAACGAAGUAACCAACAGUCCGGACCAGAGAGCCGCCAGUCUAAUGGGGGGUCACAUGAAGAUAACGACAACUCCAUCAUCGCGAGAAGAGGACGAGGCGCAAUGGGAUGACGGCCUGAUUCUCUCCUCAGCAGGCAACGGAAAGGAGAACAGGAAGCCCCACGAUGAUGACGACGAGAAGAAGACACUGGCCCAGCAAGUGAAGGAGGGUAAAUACGGGCUGAUUCAGGAUGAAAUAUACCCAAAAAAAUCAAAGCGCCCAGGAAUCCUGAGCUAUCUAUCCAAUCCAGAAGUCCCAAAGGACACGUCGAAGAAUCUGGGUGGUCUCGAUGAGGAUGAAAUUUGGCUGGCGGAGAAUCAUGUCCUGGUGCUUCGUGGUGGAAACUUUCCGGAGCAUGAGACAGAGCAACCAUCGGGUGAUUUGCGGGGCUGGUCGCCGAUCGAUGACUUCCAAGCGCCUAAAAGGCAGGUCAAGAUUCCAUCAUCGCCGCAAGUUCCACCGCCAUUUCCGAUCCAAUUAAAUGAAGGGGGUCCAGUAACAGUCCUAGGUUCGAACGACACCGACAAGCCCCAAUGGUUUGACGGACUCAUUUCACCGAACGAAACGAUUUUCUACACUGAUCGUAACGACACAACCAAGGAAAAUCCCCAGACCGAUAGAAAGACAAAAUCAGGUCUCUCAUUGGGAGGAAUUGUCGGCCCAUUUUUUCCAUCACUACCCCCAGGGGCUGUCUUCCUUCCGCCUCCUGGUAACCAAUCAGACUACGACGAUGACGAUCAAUCAAUCUACUAUCCCCCUCCCUACAGCUUCAAAUACAAUCAGGACAAUUCAACAGCUGUUCCCCCAGGUCCCCUAGUCCCUGGAAUAAUCCUUCCACCGCCCCCAGACUUCUUCUCCCAACUGGAGGAGAAGAAAACAACAAAAUCUCACAUAACUAAAUAUCCAAAACGUCCAACUACAACAUCAAAACCACCGGCCCAUCUCCACCGAAAAUCCCAUCCAAAACCACAUAAAUUCAUAUCAAGUUCAAGCACAUCAUCAACUAAAGAGCCAAGACCAUUUACCAUGAAACCUCUCAACAAGUUCAAGCUGAAAAAUACCACGAGCUCCUCCACGGAAACUACAAAUCCAUCAAAACAGGUUCUCCCAUAUGUAGAAGUGACAACAUCAGCUCCUAACAAAGUAAGCACAUUAGAGAUAUCGGAAAUAAGCACAGUGAGACCGAUAGUAACGAAUCAGGUUAUCGAGACGAGUACAGAAGGUGAGACUGAGAAGCCCCGUUGGACUGGUUCUGCAUUGAAAUCUCCGAUAGUCGCCUACUACGGUACAUCACCAUCACCGAUUGACGAAGCUGUUGAUAUAUCCAGAAAAAGGACGAAAGCUCGAAAGAUUCCACCAUCAGUUCCAAGUUCAGCGUCUUACUACUUCUACGAGGAAGCGACUGACGAUGUGUCUGGUACGACCUCAACCCCGAUCUACUUCCAGGAGACGACUACACGAGCUGUUGACUAUGCGACUGAAGCCGAGACGAAGAAACCGUACUAUCAAGUGGACACCAGUCACCGACCACCAGCCCAGUAUCAAGUGGAGAUAGAAGUCAUCGAACAAGUGAUGAGGACAUCACCUCCUAGAUAUCAAUACCCAGAUACAGACGAAUCUGCAACUAUUCCAGUCUCACCGAGAUCCCAAUCCCAGCGAAUGCUAACGAAUUCCCCUGUCUUCUUCAAAAACAUCACCGAUCGUCCCAAAUUGAAUCUCAACACCUUCUUCAUAACACCACCUCCAAAGAGAUAUAAUCAACAACAAUUGAAACCAAAACCAGUUUAUCAGUACAGUUUUGAAGCAGCAGAUUAUGCUCAACGAGGUAGACAAAAAGAAUUGUACAAACCUCUCCAGGAAGUACAACCAGGAAAACAAGUUACGUUUAACGAGUGGCAGGAGGAGAUUGAGGACGUGGAUCCCCAGUAUAACGAUUAUAACACAGAGGUCGUACCCGAGCAGAGAUUACAACCAGAACGAACUCAUUACAGAAUGAGAGCUCCUAGUUAUCCCACAACAACGAUUAGAUCAAAUAUCGUUGAUACAACACCAAAUCCACAGCACGCUUAUUACACUAAGCAGGAUGAGAGGCUGUUGGAUGACGUUACCAGGGAGUACUUCACUAAUUUCGGUAGGAAAAUAAACCGAGACAGAGUGAAAACAACGACACCAAUUUACGGAAAGACUAGUGUAACUGAGAGACCAAAUUACUCAACUGUUAAUUCCGUUUCAACGAAUUCAUUCGAUGAAAGACAGAAAACCCACACUAACCCUAGAGUCGAGGUACAUUAUGGAGGUCAAACGCACAAGCCAUUCUCACUGGAGGGUGACACGAGGGUCAAUUACCAGGAGCCCCUGCCUCCCAUGAAUCCCGACGCCGAAUUUUUGCCCGGAUAUGGCCCCAAAAAGGCAAAUGAUAGGGAGCAGCUGAUCGAGAGGUUCAAGCCUUCCGAGCCCAUCAGACCGUACAUCCCAGUGGAUGAGUUCAGUGGAGAAAUUCGUGAGACCGCUGAACCCACCCUUAAUUACCCAUACAGCAGGCCAACCAUCAAUCCUGACGCUGAAUUUUCACCUGCAUAUGGACCUAAAGACAACGAGUGGGAGCAGGAGAUCGAUAGGUUCAAGGUUUCCAAACCUAUCAGACAGUACAUUCCGGUGGAAGAUUUUGGGGAGGAUUUUCGAGAGCCCACUGGACCCACUCGUUUGGUUCCCCUUGAUGACAAGAGAGAGAGACAAAGAGUGUUUCCAACCAGGCUGGUACCACUAAGUGGUGACACUGCUGUUAAUUAUCGGGAUCCUAGACCGCCCAUCAAUCCUGACGCCGAGUUCAUUGAUCCAGUGAACAAUGAUCAGGCAGGACAGGGUAAACCGAGCUCUUAUUUCUCUUACAGAUUACCUGGUGAUGGAGGUCAUUUUUAUUUUCUAACGCCUCAUGCUAUAUCGCGGAGACAGGGGGGCAAUUCAUUCGCCUCAGCGAGACAGGGACGAGGGUCUAGGAAUGGUUGAGAAUGGAAGGUUUGAGUUUCUUAUGAAAAUUUUGAGAAAAUCAAUCAGUCGAGAAGUGUAGAAACGAGAUAAACAAUUCAAGACUAGUUUUUAUGGAUUUCUUCGUGUCUCUAUAUAAAAAGAAUAACUCUUGAAUUUUUUUGUCAAUUCGUCAGAUAAAUUAUCUUGUUUCAUCAUUUAUCCACUGAAUUCUGAAGGAAAAAAAAAAUCUAGGUGUUUUUCAACUGUCAAGAUGGGAGAAUAACUCGAUUGACAGUGAAGACAUGCCAUACUAUGGUUUUUUCAAUGAAUUUCAUAUUAAUCUGUGUCAUACGCGACUGCUGUAUCAGCAAAUUGCUCUGGAUUAUGUUUCGUCACCCUUUGUAUUUAUUCAUGUAAAUAUGACCUAAUUUAAUUAUGAAUAACCGAUUGAUUAAUGAUUAGUGAAUAAAGGAACCAUUUUCAGUUGAAGUAUACCCAUUGUCUCCUGUGUGUUUGUAUCGUCUGUGAUUAAUGAUUUUUUUCCUAGAUUUUACGUUUAUAAUACGAGGCACACAUGUGACGCAACUGUAGGGGUAAAAAUAUUUAUGUCCCACUAUGGUAUUUCAUGAUUAAUUAAAGCUCGCCGUUGUAAAUUUGUAUUCAAUUUGUUUUCUUAGACUUCCAAAUGGAAUUCUUGUAAUCCAUAGAUUUUGUGAUUCUGUAAUUUUACUUGGACACGACUUAGAAAAUGUCUGUAUGUACUUUUGUAUGUGCGCGUAAAUUCUGGGAUUUUUAUUUAUAAAUCUUCGAUCCGGAAGAGGCUAAAAUAAUCGCUAAAAACCUGAAAUUUCUAAUGAGAAAAUUUUGGGAAUUUUCGUAAUUCUCCAAUAUUUCGCUAUUAAACUGGAAAUAAAACUAAACUGUCAAAUAUCGCGAAAAUUAUCUAUUAAAUUGAAUUUUUUCUUUGUAAGAAAAUAUUCGUCUCGAUGUCUUCCAUCGAGUUACUUUAAAAAUAUAUAGCUGUCCAUAUAAAAUUUAGGAAAUACCGAUGUUCCCAAGUUUUAAAUCUAAAAGGCUCGAGUCCUUGCUUAUUUUCUCUUCGUUAUUGAGUGUAAGUAGAAUUAAAUCGAUGUAAGACUCAAUGUCCUGAAUAAAUAAACACGUAUUUACUCGAGAAUAAA